GGGGAUUGCCUGAGGAAACGUACCCUCACUUUACUGUCUUUGUGGUUAGACAAUCUAUUUAAAUAAGGUCACGCUGACCUGAUGUUAUGGAUGACCUCCUCUUAAGAUCACAAAGCUGAUGCAAUGGUGAGUGUCAAAUAUACAAAGAUGCAUCAUUUAAAAUCUAUAUGAUGGACGUUUUUCUUGACUAGCAAAAACAUGGUCAACAGUUGAAUUGUGUGUGGAUACAAAUAAAAAUGGCGGCACAUGCCACGGAUAGAGAAACACCUUUGUUCCGCAGGACUGAUGGAUGACUUCACCCUACAGACCGGUUUUAACCAGAUAGAGGUGCAGACGACUCGGUAUACACAACUUGAAAGAAAAGAAACAUUCGCCCUGUCUUGUUUGACUUACUUUUCCUUACGCUUAUCUUUCAAGUAUGGCAACUUGUUGCGUAUUUCAAGACUAAAAACUAUGUUAAUUUUAAGGAUGAUAGGCUUACCUAUGAUUGACCUUUCCAUUGUCAGUAAAUAUAGGUCAGAAAUCACUUUGCAUAGCCUAAACUCUCCCCCAGACAGAUAAUAUUCAAUUUGUGAGAUAAAUCAUAAUUCCUAAUAACUUUCAUUGACUAAUAACUUCAAGUUUCUCCUAACGGAAUGAGAGUCUAUUGGUAUGUCAGAGCCAAUCUGGUAAGGUUAAUAACCCCUAGAUGCCCUUUUUGAUGUAAAUUAUGGAGGCGGAUCUGUACGCCCUUUUCCGACAAAGAGGACAAGGUAAUUUGAGCCAAUGCUGCAAUUGCACCAUAUGCAUUGUGCAGUAGUAUAGAUAUUAAGUUCUUGUUUGUACAUUUUGCAGUAGCAUAGUUGUGUUCCUAUUUGUACAUGGACGACGCUUAAGAGAGUCUUCUGGUCAACAAAGUAUUGCUUUAAGAAAAACGUCUCGACCCUAACAGCCAUCAAUACACCAUGGAAUGGGACGAUCUGCUGAGAAAACACCUUGGGGAGUUCGGAAGGUUUCAAAAGUUCACCUCUCUGCUUGCCAUCUUGGUCGGUCCGACCGUCGGACUGACUUUAGUUGCAAUGACGUUCUUGGCAGCGACACCGGAACACCAUUGCCGCGUCUUUGGAAACACUUCUUCGGUCGGACAUCGCUACAGCACCGAGGGGUAUAAUCUGAGUAUCCCCUUGGAAAAUAUCGGCGGCACCUGGAAAUACAGCUCGUGUUUGAUGUACAAAAACUCAAAUGGAACGGCGACAUCGAGUAAUGGAACUACAUCAUGUACCCAUGGCUGGGAGUAUGACAGGACCAUUUACCAGAGUACCAUCGUCACAGAGUACGACCUAGUUUGCUGGCGAUCCUGGUUGAAGGGACUUGGUCAGAGCACUUUCAUGGCGGGGGUGGGCGUUGGUGGAAUUUUCUUCGGCAUCAUUUCGGACAGGUUUGUCUUCUAGAUAACUUCGUUGCAGUCACGCUAAACUUUCUUCACCUCAGCUAGUGUUGCUUUUGGUAUUAUCUACUAUACAGACAGUGGACUAUGAAAUAACUCUUGACAUAUGUAGG